CUAAAAAUUCUCAGUGCUGUUGUGCAUAACAAAGUGUAAACAAUAAAUUUGUCAAAUAUUUAGAGGUAUUUGAGUGCUCACAGUAGGGAUUUGAAAUCCUUGAAAUUGAGUUGUGAGGUGGAUAACAAGAUUUUUUUGUCUGGCUGGCUGAAGGGUGAGAAGACUCCCCAGAAAACAAUGGAAGAGUGAAUGGUAAGUCUUAAGCAGGUUUAUGCCAUUGUUGUCCUUAGACUUGCUGGAGUCACACCACUGUGCCUUGAAAGAGAGAGGAGGAACUAAUGGAAAGAAGCUGGAGUUGAAGUCUCUGCUAAAAAUGUUAUUUAAAUAGCCAUGGAGAGGGAACAAAAAGAAAACAAGGUUGUUCUCUCUAUCAAAUGGUAUUUAGUCAUGGGAACUUGAUGGAAUAUUGACUAGAAGAACAAGGUUAGGAUACCCAGAAUGCCUGUUCAGGUGGCUGCAUAUUUAAGCAAGCAGCUUUGAGAUUUUCUGGGCUGCCACAACAGCAAGCUACUCUUAUCCCUCUUCUAUUAAUGAAACUUUUGUUGAUGAUGUUGUUCUGCUUUGCCAUCUGUGUUAAAAUGAAUGGUUUUGCCGUGGUAUUUUGUUUAGCAGUACCUAGUGAGUGGCUACAAAAUGCUGUCCUCUUCCAUUAUACAUGGCCAGUCUCAAACCCUGAGCUUCUGGCACCCCACAGUUACUGAAGCAUGCCUAAACAAUCCAAUAGCCCUUCCCAGGAGCUGGUCAGGUCAGGCUGGCUGUAGCAUGUAUGUCUUUGGAAGAAGUGCCUAGGAGGGGCUUACUAGCUAGAAAAGGACUGUGAUUGCCACAGCAGGGAAGGGAUUUUUCUCAUGACCUUCUGAAUGCUAGGGGGUUAAAAAUAUUUUUCCUUAGCUCUGUUUUUAGUUACUGCAGUAGAAACUGCUAGGACAGGGUUCUGCACUACAGUGUUUCUGUUUUCUUGCCAUUGUUUUAUAGCAUUUUUUACAGCUCAUUUGUUAGAAACAGGAAAAUAUCUAUUAAAAAAGUGAUGAAGCACAAAUAUCUGUCUGAAAUGCUCUGUAGUCUGUUCCCUGCUGCUGAGAACUGUGAUAAGUUAGUUCUGCUGCCCUGCUCUGUUGGCUGAAAGUGAAUUGAUGUGAAAAUGAUGAAAUUUCUUAAUGUGUGGUCAUAUUUUAGACCUGUAAUAACUUAUUUUGCUCAAGCUUUAUUUCUUUUCUUGCAUAUGCAUUGCUUUCAUGGCUUGAAGAAUGUGCAGUUGAUCCUUCCGUGCAUCCCCACUGCAUGUCAUGUGUGGACAAAAAGAAGAGCUGAGGUUGCAUCCUUACUGUGAAAAUCCCCAGAAAGCCCAUUCCACAAAUCAGCUUUCUUACCAGGACACUUACACUACCAGGACACUUGCAAUCAUUCAGAUGCAGAGAUUGCUUUGGCUCUUCUAUCUUUUCCUUUGAUAUGUUCUUACAAGCUUUAACAUGAAGAUAGCUAUAAAGCAACUGGAGAAUGGAAAAUAUCUGUUAAAAAUCAAAUAUGACAUGUUCAUCCUGGAUAGGAAUGUGCUUUUCAGUUAUACAACUAUGGUUCUGUAUUUAACUGCAUUUACAAGACUUGUCUUGUUACCUUCUUGGGAGUUCACACUCCCAGGGUUAUUUGACACUCCCUCAGGCUAUAAAUUAUGGGCACUUGCCUACUGAAGUGUGAUUUAUUAUUUUUAUAAAAAUGCCCAACCCUUACAUCCCGUGUUCUGCUGGAAAGAGGCUUCUUUGUACACCAAGACUUUAAAUUGUGAGCAGCCAUUUACUUACUGCUUUCACUUCUUUGGAUUGUGUUGUUCGAGGAUCACGGUUCACUCCUCACACCAUGAAGAGUUUUGCUCUCCUUUUCCUAGUUGUGAUCUGUGGCAUUGGAGGAUUGGGACAGAAGCUGAAGCCAAAGAAAAGAAGCAAUGGUGAAGAAAUCAAGUUUCGGACUCAAACCAAAGAUGUCUGUAGAAUCACCAUGAGUGGUGAUGAUGAGGAGAUGAAACUUAGAAUUGAAUGUAAAAGCCAAGGCAUGUCCUACUGGUGUGAAUUCACUGGCAAGCCAUCAGUCUGUCGUGCUUUUAGAAAUAAUCCCAAGAUUUACUGGAAUCAGAUCGCUGCGGAACUCAGGAAGAUCCCGCACGCUUGCGAAUCCAUGGAAGUGUUGAAGAUCACCAUGUGCCAAAAGGCUCCCCCAGAAGCUCUCAUGAGGCAAAUAGCUGCUGGUGUGGAGCCAGAAGAUCUAGCAGACCAGGAAGAAUCAGUCCAGAAAGCUUCCAUUCCUAUGAGAGAAGUGGGGCAAAACUCUGACCCAACCCAACAUGGUCAGGGGUCUGAAAAUGAAACAGAAGCAAUGAAACUGGCACGGGAGCAUUGCUGGGAAUCUCUGCAUGGUGUCUGCUCCUACAUCAUUGGCAUCCUUAGGGGUUAAAGAUCUGAUUCAGGUAAAACUAAUCUGGAAGCACAGUAGAAUAUACCUAAGAGUAAUUCUAUUGUACUUUUAUUUUGAUUUUGGGGGUCUCAGGGUUAUGGACAGGGAGGUGCUAAGAUUGUUUGUUAAAAUCUGACAUUUUAAGGCUUGUUUUGUGGCUUUUGAGGAGCUUAAAUUUCCAGAGAUCCAUAUUGGUUCAGGACUCUCGUACAGCCUCCUGUGAGGUCUUCAGUAUGUACUCGGAUGUUUGCCCUAUCACUUGUUAAUCCUAUGGUAUUUCAGUUCUGACUGAAUUGGGCUAAUUUUUGCUUUCUGUCACUCAUUCCCUCUUGUGCUGACUUCUGGAUUUAUGCCAGGGAAAUAAGAUAAAUAACAAAUGUAUCAGAUCCAGCCAAAUUCAUCAGUUAGAACAAAUUGCGUCCAGAGACAGAGGGAAUAAAGCUCAUUAAUCAAAACUGCUGGUUAAUAAUAAAGUAUUUUAAUCUAAAAAAUCAGUUCAUAAAUCCCUUGCAGAAAUUAGUAAACACAAGUGGACUGUCUUGGUUUGCGAGUCUCUUACUGUAGAGGCAAUGGGGUGUCACAUACAGGCACUUGUUUGGUAAGUCUCAGGGUUUUAGCCAGUAUUAAAAAAGGCAAAGCCCCUUAUUGCAAAAAUGAUUGGUUUUAUACCCACUUCUGUUCCAGCUCGGAGAGAAAGCCAGGACCUGGUGAGUGGACCUGGCAGACUUGAAAGGAAUGGGAAUAAAUGCAGUGUGAGCUGGCAAGCAUUUAGGUUGCUAAUGAAAAUUUAUCUCUAAUACAGCAAAGCGACUAAUCAUUUUUUCUUU